GAAGAACAAGCCUUCCACUCAGCUAGCAUCCAGAGCAAGCGAUCGAGCGAGCUCUCUCGGCUUGCUAGCUAGCUCCAUUAUAUAUAACAUCGAUCGCUUGAUAGUUUUUGGCAGCUAGAGGAAGAAGAGAGAGCAGCUAGUACACUAGUACAGCUAGCAGAGCAAAACCAGCAAAGGCGCGCGAUCAGGCCAGAAGAGAAUAAUGGAGAAGAUGAACGUGGUUGCGAGCAGGAAGCAGGGCGGCGACUGGAUCUGCCGGUCGUGCCAGUACGUGAACUUCUGCAAGCGCGACGCGUGCCAGCGCUGCGGCGAGGCGAGGCUGGGCGUGGAGCGGACGGACUACGGCGCGCUGGGCGGCGACUGGGACGUGAAGCCCGGCGACUGGUACUGCUACCGCUGCGGCGUGAACAACUACGCCUCCCGCGCCGGCUGCUUCAAGUGCGGCGCCGCCAAGAACGAGUCUCCGCCGGCCGCCGUCGCCCAGGGCUGGGGCUACACCGCCGCCGGCCAGGCCGGAAUGAAGCCCGGCGACUGGAUCUGCCCAAGACUGGGCUGCAACGUGCAGAACUACGCCAACCGAACCGAGUGCUUCCGGUGCAGCAUGCCCAAAUCAUACUACGGUUGAUGGGGGCAACUGCACGCGCGUACACUGAUCGAUGAGAAAAAAAAACAGAAGGAAAAAACAAUAAUAUAUAGUAAUAAUAAGUAUUAUUGUACGAGAUCGAAGAGCUAGAGACAGCACAAUUAACUGCAUUUUCCUUUCCUUUUUUUUUUCUUUUGAAUGAUCCAAUAUAACCCUCGACAACACUCAGCUGGAGUACGUGGUGGAGGUAGGGUUAGUCGUUUGGAAGAGCAGCAGCCGAAGCUAAAAAGGAUAUUUAGGAGCAAGAAUGUGAAACGAAAAAAGAAAAGGAAUAAAAGAGGGUGACUGAUGCCAACAAUCAGUAUCUCGCUUCUCUAUCUUCUUCUUUUUUCCAAUAUGUAAAAGCCGAGGUCGUUUAAGAAAGGAAAAAUGCGAGUUCCCUUCGCCUGCAUGCAUGCAUGCAUGCAUGCUUUGUUGUC